AUGGCUAAAAUACUAAAACCCAGCGAAAGUGAAAAAUCUUGUAGCACAUGCCAAGAGAAAAAGAAGAAAUCAUCCCAGAGAAGCCUCCUUACCAAAAACUACACCCGCUACACUCACAGAGUAAUGAGAGAGGUACUCCCCAACCACGGCAUGUCAUCCAAAACUGCCGACAUCAUGAAUGGCAUGAUCAUUAACGUCCUUGAACGAAUUGCUGAAGAGUCCUGUAACCUCCUGUGUUACAAAAGACAUUUAACCCUUAGCCACCAGGAUAUCCAGAUGGCGGUUUACAGGCUACUACCCAGCGAGCUGGCCAAGCAUGCUGUGGCUUUUGGUACCAGGGCUGUUACAAGUUACAACGAGUCCAGAUCUUCUGUCAACCUGUAA